AAGAUCAUUUGAUUUCAAUUUGAACCUAUCAAUGUUUGAUCUAAAUAGAAUUGGGAUGUGAACAUAAGAGAGAAGGUUGGUUUUGAUUGACGUUACAAAUUUAGGUCAGGCAGGCACCAAAGUAGCAGUCAUGUAUUCAGUAUGUUCUGUUGAUUAGCUUCCAUGUUGUAGAUUUUUAAUGAAAUGAUAGUGCUGCAUGGCAGCAAUAUAAGAGCUAAUUUGGUCAAAAGAUUGGUUAGGGAGACAUGAUUUCAGUUUGGAAAGGUAUUAUAUAGUUUAAAAAUUGUCUCUAUUAAGUCUUUAUCAAUUUAUGGAGCUCCACAAAUGGUUAGAUAUUAAAGCAUACUAAAUGGAAAAGGGCCCAGGCUUCAAUCAGAUUGGAAUCAACUAUUUUCUCUCUCUUAAUGUCUGUUGCUUAAUAUGAUCUGCUCACAUUAAAGUGCUCCAUGGUAUUUUAUAAUUUAUGUGAAUCUUUUCAAACAGAAAUUACCCUUUGCUUCGCUGGUUUUAUUGGAAUUGUCAUAGUUCCAAACUUCAAUCUGUAAUUAACUUGACUUCCUUUUACAAGUUUCUUCUUUUAAAUUGUAUAGAUUUCUGACUAGUCUUCCGUUGGAUGCUAAUUACUAAUGGAAUAAAUUCAAGAAUUAGCAUGACUAACAUUUGGAUGUUACUAAAAAUAUGCAAUCUUUGUUCUUUUUUCUUUAAUAUUGGUUAGCUUAAAAAUAGUGCCUGUGUUAAAUUUGGAUCAGAACCUUAAGGUUCUUUGCCACUCAACUCUAUGCCACUAAGGCAAUUUCAUCAAAAGCGAGAGUAAUGCCUCUGGUUUGUUAUGGACCACUCCCAAAUCGGUACUACUAUGUGCUGAGGUGGGGUUUAUAUAACUUUGGGCGCUCCCACCUCAAUUGCUAGCUUUUGGGGUGUGAUACCCAAGGUUGUUACAUGGUAUCAAAGCCACCAUCGCCCUUUAUGUCCGUCGUGCCUUGGAGAGUGACACUGGUAUUGCGGUGUUUGUCUGGGGCUACUAAUGUCUAGCAUACAGCCAUCGAGGACGAUGGAUGCAGAGCUUGGUGGUUUGUUAUGGUCCAGUCUCACAGCUAUACUACUACGUGCUGAGGGUUUCUCCAAAAAGAAUUGAAGGGCCAAAUGGGAGAAAUUUGCAGCUUCAGUUCAGGUCUAAAUUGUCACUGCCUCUCUUUACAGGAGGGAAAGUAGAAGGAGAACAGGGUUCUACCAUCCAUGUUGUCUUAAUUAAUGGAAAUACAGGCCAUGUUGUAACAGUCGGCCCAGAGUCCUCUGUUAAACUAGAUGUUGUUGUGCUUGGAGGAGAUUUUAAUAAUGAGGACGAUGAUGGAUGGACUGAAGAAGAAUUUGAGUCUCACAUUGUGAAGGAGCGUGAUGGGAAAAGGCCGCUUCUUACAGGAGACUUGCAAGUGAUAUUGAAGGAAGGUGUAGGUAGUCUUGGUGAGUUAGCAUUUACUGACAACUCUAGCUGGAUUAGAAGCAGAAAGUUCAGGCUAGGCUUAAAAGUAGUAUCAGGUUCUCGAGAGGGAAUUCAUAUUCGAGAGGCAAAAACAGAAGCCUUCAGUGUGAAGGAUCAUCGAGGAGAAUUGUACAAGAAACAUUAUCCACCUGCAUUAAACGAUGAUGUUUGGAGAUUGGAAAAGAUAGGAAAAGAUGGAUCCUUCCACAAGAGGCUAAAUAAAGCUGGCAUAUAUACAGUGGAAGACUUUCUACGACUCAUCGUGAGAGACUCUCAGAGGCUCCGAAAUAUCCUGGGAAGUGGAAUGUCAAAUAAGAUGUGGGAUGCUCUCGUGGAGCAUGCUAAGACCUGUGUUCUUAGUGGGAAGCUCUAUGUCUAUUAUCCAGAUGAUAUGAAGAGUAUCGGAGUUGUUUUUAGCAAUAUUUAUGAGUUGUGUGGUUUUAUCUCUGGUGGACAGUAUCAUUCAGUUGAUUCUCUUUCAGAGGAUCAAAAGGAAUAUGUGGACACCUUAGUCAAGAAGGCAUAUGACAACUGGAUGCAUGUUGUUGAAUAUGAUGGCAAAUCUCUUCUAAGUCUUGAUCAGAAUAAAACCUCAGAUGCUCCUCAGUAUGAUCUUUCAACUGGUUCUCAGAACCAUCCUAAUUCAUUUGAUCAUCAACUCAAUCUGCCAAGUCUUCCUGCUUCAACUUCAUCAGAGCAGCCUCCCAUGAAUUCAGGAUUGAACAUGGGAUUGGAAGGGUAUAACGAUAGUCUAAUGGGUACAUAUACCACAGAGUCUCAGAACACGAAUCUUAGUGUCAAUGAACAGUUAAGUGGUGCUUCAUUUUCUCAAAACCACUUUGUAGGCAUGUCACAACAAGCUCAGCCAACUGGAAGUGAGAGUAGACCGGCCCUUCACCCACCACAGCCACCAUUUUCUAGCUUUUUUGCUGCUAACACUCCUAAUUCAUCCUAUAAAGGAACUGAUGACUUCUAUACAGAGGAAGAGAUACGCACCAGAAGUCAAGAAAUGUUAGAGAAUGAUGACAUGCAACAUCUUCUCCAUAUAUUCAACAUGGGUGGCCAGCAUCAUGCUUCUUCUAGUACCUCAGAAGAUAAUAAUUACCCAUAUGGAUCACCAUACAUGCCCAGUAUGUCUUCAAGCUUUGGUAUUGAUGAGGACCGUACACGUUCAGGAAAGGCUGUUGUUGGUUGGCUCAAACUAAAAGCAGCAUUGAGAUGGGGCAUCUUCAUCAAGAAGAAAGCUGCUGAGAAAAGAGCACAGAUUGUUGAAUUGGAUGACCCCUAGAUUUGUUUUUACACUUCUCACACCAUCCACUUGGAAGCCUAAGUCACUUCAAAUUCAAUAAAUUCAUUUCCUUGUAAGGUAUGCUUGCAAUGUGAUGUUUGGGCUUCCUCUGAUGAACACUGUCACUCGCUAUUGGAGUUUAGUCGUCUAGCCAUGAAUACACAUCUGGUGCUAGUUUAGGCUCAAUUCAGCAUGUAGAAGUGUUCUGAUAUCUUCUCUCUGUGAUUUGCAUUUGAAGACAUUGUCAUUCUUGCUUCUGACUGAGACUUCCCAUGAAUACACCCCGCGUUGAAAAAGACAUCAGCUACCCCUGAGAGAGAUGCAAGUAACUUUAGUUCUCUCAACUCAAGAUGUUUGUUAGCUUCUAGUUUACUUUCUUAUUAAUGUUGACUAGUGUUUUAUUCUAAACCAGUUUCAAUCAAAGAAAAUCUUAUGUAUACUCUAUAGCACAAUUGUACAUGGAACUGAUAAAAAAAUAGGAUAUUUGGGUGCUUUAAGCUCUCCUUGUUCAA